GGAGAGUAGAAAGUAGGAAGUAGGAAGCAGCACAAGGAUAAGGUGUGAUGAUAGCAAAAGUAGCGCGAAGGGCGAGUGAUUAGAGAUUACACAAGAAUGAAUACUUCUUCUCUCUCCUUCCUUCAAUCAGCGUUCCCCACUUCCUCCUCCUUCCUCCCACCGAACCCGCUAACCCCUUCCUUCUGUUUCGUCGUUGAAGCCCAUUCCACCACCCGCCGACAAGACAGGACCGCCCGCCACACCCGCAUUAGGAAGAAGGUUGAAGGGACACCAGAAAGGCCACGAUUGUCCGUGUUCCGAUCCAACAAGCAUCUUUCUGUCCAGGUCAUAGAUGACACCAACAUGCACACUCUUGCUUCGGUUUCAACAAUGCAGAAGGCAGUUUUUGAAGAGUUCAACUACACAGCUGGUCCUACAGUUGAAGUAGCAAAGAGGGUUGGUGAAAUCAUUGCAAAGUCCUGUCUGGAGAAAGGGAUUACAAAGGUGGCCUUCGACCGAGGUGGAUACCCGUACCAUGGUCGUGUUCAAGCACUCGCAGAUGCAGCUCGCGAACAUGGCCUAGAGUUCUAAAAUGAUUAUGCACUUGCCAUGUAGUUCAUUUUGAAGUUUGUUACUUAAUGAUUUAACAAUGAGAAAGUCUAGGGAACAAUCCUAUAUGCGGCCAAGCAGCCAACUUUUCAACACUUGAUUUUAAAAUUUGAAAAACUAGUUUUUUGCUCAAAAAACACAUGCCCUCCGACCCCUUCACCUCCCCGUUGCGUCCCUUCUUUCUUUCUGCGUCACCCCUCUCUUCACGUUUCUUCUUUUUCUCUAGAUCACUUUUGGAAGUUCUUCUACAAUGACUUUAGAUGAUUCUUUUUGUUGUAUUUUGGAUGUUCUUUUCAACAAGUUUUGAUAUUUUUUUGUUA